GCAGUUUUUCGUUGUUUACAACGGUUUCAUUUUUUUUCUUUUUAUAUAUUUUUGUACGUACAAUAAAAUAUAGUAUCAUCAUCAUGGGCGCUGAUUAUUACUGUGUACUAGGACUGAAAAGAAGCUCUUCGUAUCUGGAAAUACUGAACGCAUUUCGAAAAAUUGUAAACGAAUACGGGAUGGAAAAAUUGAACGACAACGGGAGGACAAAUGAACGACUCGUUGCAUUCGAAGCUUACGACAUUCUGAGCGAUCCGUUAUGGCGUGACCUGUAUGAUCAAUUCGGCGAAAUCGCGAUAAAAAGAGGCGUGUUCGUUGACGACGAACACGAGAUGAAACGAUAUUCGUACCAUGGCGACAUAUUUUUAACUUAUAAGUCAGUUUAUGGAUCCACCAAUCCGUACACGCAUGUAAUAUCCAUGUUUUCUAACACGGAGGUUACUAUGGAAAAGAACUAUAAGAAACUGGAAAUUGUGAAGAUUCCCAUAAGUUUGACAUUAAACGAAUUAUUUUUUGGGACAGUAAAAAAAAUGUACGUCCCUGAAAGAGAUGGAACAAAUUGUGUCGUUAACUUAGAAAUACCGAAAGGUUUACCGGUUAACAGUGAAAUAAUUCAUAAUCUCGAGGAUAGAAGAAGAAUAAUUUUCGUCACCAAUGAUUUGCCUCAUGCCGAUUUCGUGAGGAACGGUCGAGAUUUAAUAAGCAUCUACAACGUGACGUUCAAAGAAAUGAUGUCCGGUGCUAAAUGCGUGAUAAAAACCUUGGAUCACAAGCUACUGAGAGUGAACAUUACACAAAUGAUAACACCGACGUAUCAAAAGAUCGUCCGGGGCGAAGGGAUGCCUGUAUUCGGAACGAGCAAUGAUGAGAGAGGCGACCUAAUACUGAAGUUCAAUAUCCAAAUGCCACGCUAUCUGCCUGAAAUAUUUAAGGAGUUUUGUGUAACAACGUCGAAAACGAACACUCAUGAAAGUUAAGAAGAAAUAAUAUUCAAAACAAAGCCAUCAAUGCAAAUUAGUAAUGCUGGCUAAAUUGCUAUAGAUUUUAUCACAAAACUGCUCACACGAGUUAUUAUCGACUUCCUCUAUCAAGCUAUCAGAGUUUAGAACUAGCCUACAAACUAUAUUACGAAUUUC